GUUUGAACGUACAGCGGGCAAACAUCAUGAAGUAACGUCGAUGCGUUCUUUUUGUGGCAGUUAACAAACCGCAGUUCGAAAUAGUCAGUAUAAAAAAUUCCAAAUGGAACACACAUGAUAUUGAUACGCGCUUAUUACGGCGGACUGUGCAGUAACAUAACGUUCUCAAGUAUGGCGACCAGUGAUUGGGCAAUUAGUCGUCGUAGCUAAACGUUGUGUUAGCUAGUUGUUCUUAACCAUGCUUAGCAAAUGCAUGCAACCCGUGUACUUAAAUGUAUAACACAUAUGUAUGAUAGUGUAUAGUUCACUGCUGUUUGCCAACAAUAACAGAACGCUUCGCUGGGAAUUAGAAUGCCUAUCCGAGCAUAUUGUACAAUUUGCUCCGAUUUCUUCGAUCACUCCAAAGAUGUUGCUGCUAUCCACUGCGGCCACACUUUCCAUCACGACUGUCUGCUGGAGUGGUUUCAAAAAGCGCCUACAAAAACAUGUCCACGGUGUAGGAAGCAGGUCAGCACCAGGCACAUCAUCAGCAAGCUCUUCUUUGACAUUGGAGAGGAAGAGUGUUCAGCAGACCCUGAAUGCUUGCAGAAUGAGCUUGACAGGCUGAGGGCUCUUUUAAGCUCUAAAGAAAGAGACUGGCGUGACAAACAGAAAACAGUGGAUGGUCUUAAGGACACUGUGGACAAGCAGAGGAGAGACUUGGACAGCAUGCGGAAAGAUGUCGUAGAGAAAGAGAUGCUGUGUUCCGCUCUCAGAAAACAAAUGACCUACCUGGAGACCCAACAUAAUGACGCUCAGGCUGCCAAGGAGGAGGCCCGCAGACUGAGGACCAAAAUGAAAACAUUUGAAAGCCUGAAUAUUUUAUUACAAGGUCAAAGAGCAGAAGCGGAGUCCAUGAUCACAGACAUGGGUGUUAGUCAGGCUGCUGUGGAGCAGCUCUCCAUCUACUGUAUAUCUCUCAAGAAAGAGUAUGACAACCUAAAAGGAAGCCUGAAAUCUUCUAACGACAUGUGCGAGAGGCUGAGGAGGGAAGCGCUCACUUCCAGCAACAAGUUACAAAAAGCCUCGAUGGAAGUCAAUCAAGCAAAAGAGGACAUGAAGUCGCUGCAAAACGAUCUGGCUAACGCCGACAAAGAGAUCUCUAGUUUGAAGAAGAAGCUGGAGUUUCUGCAGAAGUCUCUGAGUACGCCAACACGGAUCAACGAGGCAGUCAGUCGGCUCGUCUUUGAGAGCCCAGCUCCAGUGGAGCUAAAACAGCCCCACCUCCACCAGCCGGUAGGCGGCGAUGACAUUGACCUCAACAUGACCUAUGAAGUGGCUACCCCAGAUGAUGUGGCCAAGAGACCAAUGAAGGCCCCAUCCAAGAAGAUGCAUUUAGACCAUCAGCAGUCAAAACACAAUGAGAAGGCUUCUUCUUUAAGCAAGGCCAGAGAGGAAGAUGCAUCCAUGGAUCCUUUUUUGAGGAACUCCCUCCUCUUCAGAAAGAAGACAUUUGGGAGCAUGUUGGACCCUCAGAGGAAGUUUGGAGCUGUGAAAACCGGUUUUGAUGGAUUAGGAGGACGAACCAAAUUCAUCCAACCUUCACCACUGGCAGAGAUUCGCCCACUGAUGAAAGCUAAAAGGAAAAAGGUGAGCAGGCCUCCACCCAAGACGCCAACCUGCCUGACUCUGGACAGCUUCCUUGAAUGAGGAAGUCGCAUGGCAGGAUGCAGCUUGUCAAGUGUCUGGUAUUAGUUUUGGUCCUUCAUCCCCAAACAGGACACUUUCUCAAUGAUCUAUUUAAAAAUUAAUGGCCGACCACUUCAUGUUUUUUUUUUUUAUUAUUUAAAUUAGCACCUUUUUUUGCAUAGAUUUGAAGUGUGUUGUAUUGUAGUCAACGUAUUUUUUUUGUAACCCUAAACCAACUGGGAUAAUAAAGAUUAUUCUUUUUAUUAAUGAUAUGGCGUCUUCUUCCACGUUUCACUGCGGUGAGCUGUCCAACAGGGGGCGGUAUGCACAAUGUUUGUGCUUGUACUGCUGGGGAUAAAGAAAUGCUCAUUCGCUUUUAAGUUUUAGAACUCUCCUUAUUCCUGCUUUAUAACCAUACACAGUUUGACCUUCAAUAAACUGAAGCUGCCAUUGUCUUCCAGUUUGGGGGGGUUCUGUCAUCACAGAACGUGUUUUAGAAGCAUUGUUUUCGUCGUCAAGGUAACUGGUGACUCGUGUAUGCUGAUCAUCGGAUCAUAUUCUUUACAGCAGGCGCUGUGGCCUCCAGGGGACGCUAAAAGUCAGGGGACAAUAAUUCACAUUCAAGAUAUUAUGUUAAAAAUGGUGGGAAUGCUCACGUUGAUUUGAAAUGUAAAGCAGUGCCCAUUUAUUACGACACAUGAUAACAGUGGCC